AGCAGGGCUGUAACUAAACGUGCAGUGUGUGCUCUCUUUCUGAUGAAAUUUGCGCCUGUUUGAUGAUAAAUGUGCACAGCGUCGACCGAGAGCCAUUUCUAUACGUCUAUGAUGUUAAUUAUAAACUCUCACUUAUGACUGAAGCUACUUCCAGCAAGUUUGGACAAAGAGGAUUGCCGAUAUAAAAGCCAAGGCGUGGAAAGUUUAAAUGGACUUUAAAUGGGCUGAUGUCGGACUUAUGAAGGUGGCCUGGGUUUAUGGAUUUUAUUGAAGUGUUUUUUUUCCCAGGAAGUCCAUUAACCAUGGAUGCCGAUGAUUAAUUAUAUUUUAUUUUGAUCCACGCACGGACUGAGAAGAAAAAAUGUGACCACCUGCGUUUUAUCCAACACUUUCUUCUUUUUAUUUUUAGUCGUGUUUUUAAUCUGACGUCUCCUUGAAGAGAUAGGAAUGAUCGGGUAAAUUUGGUCUGUGAUACGAGUCUAAAAGAAGAGCAUCAAUGGAUUGAAAGAUUAUACUUUCAGCUUCAAGAGAAAAGUGCCUCAAGCAAGGUUGGGAGAUGUGUGAAGGAGUGUGACGGACGGCCAUGGGACUGGAGAGACGGUGGCUUCAGGCUGUCACCACUGCUGUAGCCAUCUGUCUGCUAAGUGUGUCUCAAGGUGCGGCAACAUUGGUUCGUGCAAGAGAGGGGGGCUCUGCGGAACUGAGCUGCAAUCUCACUCCUACAUCUAUAGAAGCCACCACCCCAAACCUCUUUCCUCUGCAUGUGGUGGAGUGGGUGCGCCUCGGUUACAACGUUCCUAUCCUCAUCAAAUUUGGAGUGUACGCUCCUCGUGUUCAUCCAAACUACAAGGGCCGUGUGUCUCUGACCCGGGGGGCUUCUCUGCUUGUGGAACGGCUGACCCUGGAGGACGAGGGCUGGUUCGAAUGCCGCAUCCUGCUUCUGGAAAGAGAAAAAGAUGACUUUCGAAACGGCACGUGGACCUUCCUCUCCAUCACAGCUCCACCUGUGUUUAUCAAGACACCACCAACUUUUGUGGAGGUUCUGCUCGGAGACUCACUGACUCUCAGCUGUGGAGCCCAUGGCAACCCUCGACCAACUGUUGUCUGGCAUAAAGAUGAGAGCCGAAUCGAGAAACAUGAAAAAAUAAAAGUACUCAAUGGUACCUUGUCUAUGGCCUCCGUCACAAGAAAUAUUUCAGGAGUGUACAAAUGUCACGUGUCCAACUCAGAGGGGAAUCUGACCCACUCUACACAGCUGCAGGUCAAAGGACCUCCAAUCAUCCUCAUCUCCCCAGAGGACACCACUCUCAACAUGUCUCAGGAUGCGGUACUACAAUGUCAGGCUGAUGCCUACCCGUCUAACCUCACCUAUGAGUGGAUGAAACAAGGACAGAAUGUUUACCAUAUUGAGUCUCUAAAGUCCAGAGUGAAGGUUUUGGUGGAUGGAACACUUCUCAUUCCUAAUCUCAUCCCAGAGGACGCUGGCAACUACACCUGUAUCCCAACUAAUGGGCUACUCACCCCGCCCUCAGCCUCUGCGCACCUGAAAGUGAAACAUCCUGCACGUGUGGUCAGAAUGUCCCGGGAAACGUACUUACCUGCAGGCAUGGAGGGGGUCAUUACCUGCCCUGUUCAGGCUGAUCCCCCUGUGCUGUAUGUCAACUGGACCAAAGAUGGGAAUGAUUUGAACCUUGACAACUACCCAGGUUGGAUGGUGAACUCCGAGGGCUCAGUUUUUAUAGCAACAGCCAAUGACAAUGCUGUAGGCAUGUACACAUGUACAGCCUAUAACAGUUAUGGCACCAUGGGAAAGUCUGAACCCACCAAGGUUAUAUUGCAGGACCCUCCAUCAUUUCGACUGCCUCCAGGGCCCGAGUAUCUCCAGGAGGUGGGCAGAGAGUUGAUUAUCCCUUGUGAAGCCAGUGGAGACCCCACUCCAAACGUAACCUGGAGCAAGAUUGGCCCUACUCCUCGCUCCCAGUACACUGUGUUGGCUAACGGCUCCCUGCUGCUGCAGCCGCUCAGUAAAGAUCACCAUGGGGGCUGGGAGUGCUUGGCCACCAAUCGUGUGGCGACUGUCAGUGCAGGCACUGUGGUCAUGGUGCUGGGCACCAGUCCUCACGCUGUGUCCUCAGUAUCCGUCGUCACAGAGAUGAACCAGGCCAAUGUGUCAUGGGUGCCUGGCUUUGAUGGUGGAUACACCCAGAAGUUUACUGUAUGGGUCAAGCAGGCAUCCAGAGGGAAACAUGAAUGGGCGUCUUUGCCUGUGCCGACAUCCAAAAACUACCUGCUGGUGACCGGGCUACUUGCUGGCACCGGCUAUCAGUUCAGUGUCCUACCUCAGAAUAAACUCGGCUCUGGAGCUUUCAGUGAAAUUGUUUCUGUGCGAACACAAGCGGUACCUACAGAAGCACCUACAGUCGUCACCAGUGUCCCAAUCCUGGAUCCUCCCACACUCCUUUCAACCAACCGGACUGACCGAGGUUUUCUCCUCCAGUGGUCGCCCCCAGAGGCUCCGUCCUCUCCACUGACGGGCUAUGUGCUGCAGGCCCGUAGGGAUCAGGGCCAGUGGCUCAUCCUCAGCAGCAACAUCAGUGCCAAUCAGAGUGAACUGCUUGUACAAGGACUGCUAAGGGACUCCAGUUACGAUCUGAGGCUGAUGUCCCGCAGUAACAAAGUACUCAGUGAACCGAGCGAGUCUGUCAAUGUAUCCACCAUAGGGAUGGAGAUUUACCCUCUGCGCCCAAGUUUCUUGGAGUUCAUCCCUGAGCCUCUGUUGGCUGGUGUGUUAGGAGGAGUAUGCUUCCUGUUCGUGGCCAUCAUCCUCUCACUGGUGACAGCAUGCUACAUGAGUCAAAGGAGACAGCGCCGACGCAGAAAGAGAAGACAAGAUCUCCCAUCUGCCCUCCAGAAGAGCUCAUCUCCAGAUGCUCGCUCACCUCCUCGCAGCCCCGACAGCGUCCUAAAGCUAAAGCUGUGUCCUCCGCUUCCCUUCUUCCCCAACUCCUCCUCCUCACAGUCUGAUCGCUCGUCCUUUGAUAAAGGCAGCCGUGGGGAAUACCACGACCAGAGGAAACAACUCCUGUCUAACUCAUCUCCACCACCACAUUACACACUCUUUGAGAGUCACCUGGGCUCUCAAGCUCCAUCGCCAACUGCUCUGGAGUCCAUCUCCAGGGGCCCAGAUGGACGCUUCAUUGUCCAACCACUGCUAGAGAAUUCAAGUCCCUCCAAUAAGAAAAACUUAAGGAAGGAGGUCCUGCAAAGUAAUGGUGGGGCAAGUGGCUCAGGGAGCAACAGGACAUCAUUCAGGGACUCUCCAAAGUCAAGCGUCUUGAGCUCAGAGAAGGAUGAGAGGAAGGAUUCCCCUCUCACUGUGGACGUCCCAGAGCUGAGCAGACCUCCAUCCUCUCCUGGAAGAGUACGGGCCAUGGCCAGAAACUUCUCCCGUCAUGGCUGCUUUUACUCUGACGAUGAACAAGGCUCAGAGGCUCUAUUGGAAAGGGCCAGCUUCUAUUCAGACAACAGUGAGAAAAAAACCAGUGAUUCACUCAGAAGGUAUCGCGUGCCGGGCCACACUGAAGAUCUGUUUCCGAAUUUGGGGAGGAGAACAAAGCUGCUGGAUAGAGACAGAGACAGACCACCCAAUUCUGGCUACCAGCCUAUGGAGAGUCAGCUGACUAACAACAGCACUGUGGUCUCACAACUUGACAGUGAGCUGGAGAGGGAUAGUAUUAACAAGUGUGUCCAGCUGGCAAAGGAGAGGGAAGAAAUGGAGAGGGAGCUGGAGAGCUACACAGCUGAUCAAAGAAGUCGAGGUCGUGGGAGAGACGAGCAACAUUCUAAUAAGACAAAAAGCCCUCAAAGGGACUCACCCAAGUCAGAGGAAGAACCUGUAUGGAAGCCACAAGAUGUUACCAUCAGACAGAAACACAGGCCCUCAGGCCAGACAAGUCGGGUAUCUGACUAUCGAAGAGCAUGCUACUUUGGGAACACCAGCAGUCCUAUGGAUCGGCUCUCUACCACUCGCAUACAGUGGGACAUCAGCCCUGUUACAUCGGUCACCAGCCUCAUUCCUAUCCAGAGCCCCCGGGAGACCACAUCACCCAGGCCACAGCAUCCUCGCAUAUGUAGGGAAGCAACAGAGGACUCUCUUGCUGUUGAUUCAUCACGCUCUCCAGUCACCCAGAACACCUCCCUCCCUAUGCUGUCCCCUGAUGCCACCUCAGAAGGCCCCCCUGUCCUUUGUCUAGAAACACCAGAUAGAGCCAGGUCAUUGAGUCCUCAGAGUGAGCCAGAUAGAUGCAGUAGGUCCACGACUGAGCAGGGCUUAAGGGAAAAGACAAAGAAUGGAGGUGUUGCUUCAAGGUCCAGACAUUCAUAUGCUUAUGCAGGCAGUCAGCCCUGGGAUUCAGCUGCCAGAGGUCCUUUAAUUGACAAUGAGAGGCCUGAGUGUUCAGCCUCUGCACCGUAUAAUCAGCCUGAGAGAACUGCAAAAAGCUACACAGCCACAGGGAAUACCAGUCCCUCAAGUUAUUCUACCUUACCCUACGAACAUCAUCAAGCAGGGGCAAAGGCCAAAGAAAAAGACACUCAGACCCAGGAUGACCGACGGAGUUCAGGGUUUUACUCUGAGUUCGAAAGAGAGGGUGUGCGAACACGCUCCAGGAGGAGCGACAAAUGUCUCUUCUCUGAUAGUCCAAGCCCUAUUUCAACACUGACACUUGUAGAAGAGGUCGAAAGUGAGCAGUCCCAACUCUCUGUCCCGGGAUUGUCAGGGUCCUUCAAGGCCAAGCCUGCAGCUCCAUCUCCCCAAAUGUCCCCACUGCAGACAAGUGCAAUUCUUGAAUACCUGAGCCUUCCAGGUUUCAUUGAAAUGAGCGUGGACGAGCCUGUGGAAGAUGCUGCAGUCACAGACACUGCUGGACAAACUUCUGAACUAAAGCCAGAAAAAUCCCCGGGGCCUAAGCCUGAUGUAGUUCCUAGCAACUGGGAGGUUCAUGUUCAGGAAAACCAGGAAGCACACUUGCGCCACCAUUCUGCGGGUGCUGCAGAGGCCAGUUUUUAUGCUGGAAAAAAACAAGACCAUAAACGCUCAUAUUAUGUGGAACCUAGAGAUUCUGCACAUAGAGUAAGAUUUCCAGAUGAGACAAGACCACUGUCACCCGGUCCAGAAAAAACUAGCAAACAGCUCUAUAAUGAGAAAACACAAACUCGAGUUGGGAACAAAAGCACAGACAGACCUGAAUCCAGACUUGGAUCCAGGUCAGCUCACACCUUGUUCAGUGCAGCUAAAGGCAUGGCAGACAUAGUGUCAAAACACUCACAGAGUUUUGUAGACAGUAGUGAGUCUUUAUCAGAGCAAUCCCAAAGACAAGCUUCUCAGGGCAGCAGGACUAAUAACAUUGCAUCACGAAUAUGUCAAGCCCCUGUGCCAUUUUUAAAGAAGUCCUUAAGCAUAGGCCCUUGUAGGACGCUCUCAGGUAUGGGACAGCCUCGUCCUUUCCUAAAGAAAUCCAUCAGUUUAGGCUCACAGAGGUGGGAGCACUUUGAGAGCCCAAGGACAUAUAUUUCUGAGAAAUGUUACUGGGACGAGUUCCCAAACCCUGACAUCAGGGUGAAGUCCUACAGUUUGGGUCGUAGUCCGUCUUCCCUUCCAAGGCCAGGCCCCUCCUGGAGGGAGUAUGUCCCAUUCAGACGCCCCAGCAUGGGGAGCUUAGAGAGGCCUCACCACGCACAUAGAUCUUUAGCUAGUCCUUCCUACCUCACUCACUCCAUGUACCCACCCAGACAAACCUCGAUGUCCCCGAUGCUGGAACCCUCCGAUCCACGACGGCAAGCCACUGUUUUCCCAGAGUCCUCCAGGUGGUCUCCAUCCUAUGAGGUUACCGUUAGGUCUGCCCAGCAUAAAUAUGCCCCCAUGCCAAUGACCUCUUCCAUCCCUGUCGCCCAGUACCAACACUGGCCAGGAUCCAGAGGGGAAAGCAUGAGACCCAUGGACCCCAGCAGGGGCCCUCCGAGGUCCUACCUGCCCAGGGGAAUUAGCUGGCCCUCACCUUACUAUGCCCCCUUCCCACCCAGAGAGGCAGAGAGUUACAGACAUCCAGACAGGAUGAUGAGGAGGGGAGGGGACACAGAGUUUCGGGAGGUUAGAGAGACCAGGGAGGGAGGUAGGACCAGUUAUGCCAGUCAGAGCAGUGGUAGAGGUAGCGCUGGUCUCUUCCGACAGUCCCUGUCAAUCACUCCCACGCUACUCAGCUCCCCAGAAACCACGGAGGAAAGCGAGCGGCACAGAGCUGAGACGGAGCUGCCUGAGAGGAGAGCGAAAAGAAGGAACACAUCAGUAGAUGAGAGUUAUGAGUGGGACUCUGCAGAUGCGUGUGUGGACUCGGAGGUCCUGGAGGCCAUGAGGUUUGAUCAGUCACAAAUGGGUUUCCGGAGAGGCAGGUCGGAGCUCAGAUAUGAUCAAGCUGGGGGCCUCCAGGACCAGCGACAGAAAGGCCCGUGUCCCUCAGUCAGCCCGCCAGUUUCCAACCCACCUCGUUGCCAGUACAGCCGCUCCCUAAGUGAGGCGCGUUUCAACGCUCUCCGCCAGGAGUACCAACAGUACAGGCAGGCUCAGGAAUCCAUCUGUUCCCGUGAGCCCUGCCUCACCCCUGGCCACGAUUCAGACUCUGACUCCAGCUCAGCGCUGCUCUAGCAGCUUAACUCGGUAUAUCCAAGACAAAAACCAAAAAGCAGUUUUAAUGAACAGACGACAGCACUGUGGUCCUGGACACUGUUACACCUCACUGGAGCUCUCUCAUGUGAAAGAACUCAUUGUUUAAAGUUUUUAUCCUCUGUUACAGCAGACUAAAGUAGAGCAUUUUAAAGAGACAGCAUCAUAUGCUGCACGCCAUCAAAUGUGACAGACUGCAACUCCUCAGUUACCAGAUGACUUAAUUCUUUUCCUUGUACUUGUUCCAUUGUGCUUUGCAUAAUGAAGCUGAGAAGGGAUUAUUUAUUUUUCUAAGAAGCUUGUGCAACUGUAUUUUGGGAUUUUUUCUUAAAAAAAAAAAACAAACCUUGACAAUCAGGCACACAGGGCCCCUUUGAGAAAUGAAAUGCUCGCCCUUGACUAAGACAGUUGCAGUUGAUAGUAGAGAAAGAUCUGCUUUAUAAAAGCAGCAGCAUGCUACAUGGUGAACGUUGUAUUUCAAGUGUUUGUCUAUCGCAUCAACAACCUCCCUUUAAUGAUAAAGGAAUGCUAAUGACAAUUAUGUAGGUCUAUGUCCAACUUAACAUCCGUAUGUGGAAAUGUCUGUUAUCUGUUAUGUUGCUUGUGUUACCAGUCAAACAGUGCUCGAAGCAUUUUCACCACCAUCUCCCACUGAAUUGGACAAAAAUAUUUCAAUAAUAAGACUUAAGGAUCACAUGAUUAGGCAACUCUAGUUUCUAACUUUGUUACUCUAAGGAGUAAUUUACUGUCUUGAAAGUAAGAAUUUGUUUGUUAUUUGGUCUUCCUGUUGGAUCCCUAAACUCAUUUCCUGUUUUAUGCAUAUUUUUCUUUGACAAUAACAUUCCCCUGUUUUGAGUUUAUAAACCAAAUCACUUCAAAUAGCCUCCCAGUAUUUGUUCAAGAUGUACAAAUGUUUAUAUGUACCUUAAUGUGAAUGAACCCUGCUGUACUGUAUAUUCCACUUCAUCAUUUCAUGAGAUGAGAAAAUGCUACUUCACUCCACCUGAAUUGAUCAAACAUUGCCUCUGUGAUUAAAUGACAGAUAAAACUUGAUAAGAAACACAGGGAAAAUGAUUUUGCCUUAUUUUUGUUAAUGUCACAAGCACGCACUAGUCGAUUGACCACGGGAGGUUUGACCUAACAAGCUAAAGUCAAAAAUGAUCAGAGGAUUAAAAAUUAUUGAGGAGUUUUUUUUACACAAGUUUUGCUCACAUGAGUAUUUCUGUAUAUUUAUUAAGGUGAGCUAUGAUAUGCAACAAUGUUUACAAUUCACAUCUCUGAUGUGAAGAUAACACUGUGAAUAUACCAUCGACUUCUGAUUCUGUUUUUGAAUUGCUGUGAAGUCUGUAAUGAAUUUGUGCCCGUUAGCCUACUUUUUUUUGUUUACUUAAAAAAUGACAAAGGCUGUUUUUAUUACAUUAGCUGACAACAGAUUAAAAGAAUAACUUUGUAGCUAAGAUUCAAGAUUUGUACUAUAUUUACUUAAAUAACCCAGAUGAAGUCUUCAUAUGGAGUGAGUAAUGCAUCUCUGAUGAUGGUUUUGGAAGUUUUGUACAAACUGGAAAAUUUUAUAUCUUGCCACCUGGUUGUUUUUGUCAUUUUUAUAUGUUUGUUAUGAAUAAAUUGUUCUAUUCUGAAUG